AUUGCGUUGCUGCGAGUCCUCACCUCUGUGUCAACAAGAUUCCCUACAAGGAGCCGGCGGUGAAUGCCGGCGAAACAAAGUUUGCUCUCUAAACAACGAUAUUUUGAUCCCAAUCGUUCCACAGCGAGCGUAGACCAACAGCAGGAUUAGAUUGAUCCAAAACCUCCAAAGUGCACCGACGGGAUAGUUAAGCCAUGGCCACCGUUGUGCCCAAAGUGUCUAGUGGCGGCACUGUGAAGGUGCGCUACACUGGCAGUGAUGUCAGCGUCUCGCGAUGGAAGGAAGGAACUUUUGAGAUACUGGAAAAGGACACCAAAGUCAACCUCUGCCUGAAAUUCAACUCGGGCGGCGCGGGCAAAACCUUCCAGCUGAAUCAGAACGUGAAGAAAGUCUCCCUCGCUACGAACAAAAUCACACUGAUUUUGAAAGACAACCGGAUUAUCACCCUGGACCAGAUGUCUUCUACUUUGGCCCGGAAGACUAACGACUAUCUGGAGAAGCUGAUGCAAGGAAAGACAAGCAUUUUAAAGUCAUCCCAUGGAAGUGUAAACUUCAGUCUGCCGACCCGUCGCUCAUUGAAGAAUGAAAUCGGUUCCCCCGGGGAAAGACAGACAGCAACAAGACGUCAGAGUGCCGAGGGACGGGAGGACUCAACACCGCGUAAACCACUGGGCAGCCCGAGCAGAGCCGCCUCCACGCCAACUCGAACCGGAUUUUCUGAGAACCGGAGUGAAAAGAGAAAGCGACUCCUCACCUCUGAAAAUGACUUGACUGAGGACUACCCCAAGGAAAAUGAUUCCUCCAGCAACAACAAAGCCACUUUGGAGCCAUCUAGGAAGUUUUUACUGAGCUGCAAAGAUAAACUCAAGCAGGCAGAGGACAACCGCAGUUUAGCUCCCCUGGGUUCAACGACCCCCCUCCAGCCAACUUCAUUCUACAGCAGUCGAUCUGUGACCAAGGAUUACAGCCAGAGCCACUCCUUUUCGGAAAGGCCAUCGAGUACGUCGGUGACGCCCACUGCUAAGCGCAGCCUCUUGCUGCCCAAUCACUCCACUCCUUCCAAGAAAGUACGGCCGUCCGUGGAUUACGGCGGCUGGAACAAGCAGCGGCCCACCACCGCGACCCAGUCGCAGCCUCCCUUGCAAGGGUUUUCAAAUUUGGGCAACACUUGCUACAUGAACGCCAUUCUGCAGUCGCUCUUCAGCCUCCCGUCCUUCUCCAAUGACAUGCUGAGGCAGAGCAUCCCUUGGAAGAGGGUUCCCAUCAAUGCGCUGCUCAGGCGUUUUGCUCAUCUUCUGGCCAAGAAGGACGUGGGCUGCCCGGAAACGCAAAAGGACCUGCUGAGAAAAGUGAAAAGUGCCAUCUCGUCGACUGCCGAGCGUUUCUCUGGAAAUGUGCAGAAUGACGCGCACGAGUUCCUCAGCCAGUGUCUGGACCAGCUGAAAGAUGACGUGGAGAAAAUGAACAAAAGCUGGACAAGUGAUUCAUCUGUGUCAUCGUCCUCAUCAGCGGCAAUGUGCGAGAGUAGCCACGAUGCGACGGAGCGCUCGCCAACGGCCAAGACGGACCCUGGCGAAGAAGCCGACCCCUCUCGCGUGUACACCUGCCCCGUGGCUGUUAACAUGGAGUUUGAGGUGCAGCACACCAUCACCUGCAAAUGUUGUGGCGAAGUGGUGACCAAGCGUGAACAGUUUAACGACCUGUCCAUCGACCUACCUCGGAGAAAGAAGACCCUCCCACUUCGAUCAAUUCAAGAUUCCCUGGACCUAUUUUUCAGGUUGGAGGAAAUUGAAUACUCGUGUGAGAAAUGCAAUGGAAAAGCAGCCACAGUUACACACAAGUUCAGCAAAUUACCCAGAGUGCUCAUCCUCCACCUGAAAAGGUACAGUUUUAACGCCCAGCUGUCUUUGAACAGCAAGCUGGGCCAACAGGUGGUGAUACCCCGCUACCUGACCCUACUGUCACAUUGUACGGACUCCACACGGCCCCCCAUCACUCUUGGCUGGAGUUCCCAAGCGUCGAGAGCACACAAAACCUCGCAGUCACUCAAUGCGUCAACGGCACCUCUCCGCAAGGUCGGAGGGAAGUUGGUCAGUUCCAACAACACAUCUGCGCUAGUGGAUUCAGACAGUGAAGAAGAGUUGAUCAGAAAGGCGAGCACCAGCUGCAAACGACGAAUCAGCAGCGGCUUGCCGGAAGAUGAUGAACGACCGGAGCAGCGGGGAGUUUCCAUGGAUCCGGCAGACUUCAGCGGGAUUAAUGACGACGAAAUGUUAGAGGCCGUGUUGGAGUUCAGUCGCCAGGAGGCCGGUCUGACCACUGCGUCGGCCCUGGACGACGAGCCGACGAGCAGUCCGGACACGGGCUUCGGGGACACGGAUGCUCAGGAAUUGGCCUAUCACACAGAGCUGAUGGAUACAGACACUAAACAGCCCGCAGACGUGUUGGAUUCCUUGGACUUGACCAUGGACGAGAACAAGGAGAACCAAACCCCGGAGUGCUCGCAGGGCCAACAGGGGGAAAUUGAUUGGGUCCAACAGUACAAUUUGGAUCAGGAGAGGGAGGAUCAGGAGUUGCAGCAAGCGCUGGCUCAAAGCCUCAAGGAGCACGAAGCCCAAGAGAUGAGGGAGGCGGAUGAUCUGAAGAGGGCCACGGAGCUCAGCUUGCAAGAGUUCAACAAUUCUUUGCCUGAGCUCAUGUGCUCGGAUGACGAUUCCGGCAACGAAGAUGUGCUCGACAUGGAAUACACGGAAGCUGAAGCCGAGAACCUCAAGAGGAAUGCCGAGUGCGGCGACUUGGCCAACUCCUUUCGGCUCAUCAGUGUCGUCAGCCACAUCGGGAGCAGCUCCUCCUCUGGCCAUUACAUCAGCGACGUGUACGACAUGAAGAAGCAGUCGUGGCUGACGUACAACGACCUGGAUGUGUCGCGCACGCAGGAGGCGGCCGUCCAACGAGAGCGCGACCGCAGCGGAUACAUCUUCUUCUACAUGCACAAGGAUGUGUUUGAGCAGCUGUCCGAAAUGGAGAAGGCCCCCGGCAGUGUCUCAGACUUUGGAAGAAAUGUCCUGCAGCCCCUCUGAGCUCCACCAAAUCUUCGGCCACAAAACAGCCAGAACGUAACUAGACUGGUGUCUUAUUUACUACUGAUUGCUCUUCUCAAUUCUCCGCUUUCAAUUUUGACACUUGUUGCUCACAAAACACAACAGAAACACGACUGUCUACUUGAUGAGUGCAGUUACAUUGCCUUGGUGUUUUGGGGUCUGCAGUUCUUUGCUACGGUUCCAUCAAGGAACUGUUAUGUUGUUUUCACCAAAACACUUGAUAAAUUCUCUAUUUUUCUUCCGCAACCCUCCGUUUGUUUUAUAAAGUAAAUACAAAAAUGACUAUGUUGGAUGAUAAGCUAUUAUUUAGAGUGUUAGAAGGUUGCUGUAUUUAGCGGGUACAGUUGGUGCAAUAUCCUUUUCAGCACAAUUCAAGCUUUGUGUGCAUUUUUCAGUGUCUCUCCCCAAGUUGCUGUUUGUGCUAUAUUCCUGUUAAGUCCCCCCACCCCCA